AUGGCAGACACGGCACGCUCCGUGCCCCAGCGCCUUGACGGCACAGCCUUGCAGGAUGUACUGCGGUACCAAGUCCUGCCGUUUGCCACCGGCACCGAGUUUUUCAGCGAGGCGGCGUGGGGCAUGCCUGGACAUGCCCUUGCACGCGUCGAGGCCGCUCUCUCGCUCGACCUGGCUGCCUUUGAAGCUGCUGUUGCUCGCGCCGUGGCCGAUAGCCAUUGCGGCGCUUCGGCAGAACAUGCCGCAGAAGAUGGUGCAGAGCAUAGCACGUCUGCUCCGCGGUUCACCGCCCUCGGCAUCGCCCCUCCCGCUGCUGUCAGGCCGACCAGCGCUGGCGCUGGCACCUCGCCCUCGCACCUCGUCGAUGUCUCGGUCCAUGCAGGCGAGUCAGUGGUCGGCGGCGUGGCUGGCGGCCUGUUUGACAUUGUCUCGUCGGCGACAGACGCUGCGCUGCGUAUCCUCGCCAAAGACACGCUGCGGACGCUCAACCGUGGCGUCUCGCUCGCCGACUGGGUCUCGAUGGCCCAGUUGCGGGUGCUGCAGCUCUCGGUCCCGGCCUCUGAUCCCCACGCCCCGCCGCUCGACGUCUACUGGCCGAUCGCGGUCGAGGUCAUGCGGUUUGGCAUGGUCGAGCGCUGGCUGGGCGAGCAACCCGGCACCCACGCCGCCACCGCUGCCACCGCCAUCGCCGACGCUGUCGCCGCCGACGGCGAGCUGGCGGUCGAGGCGAGCGUCGCCGACCUCGUCGCCUCCUUUGCCAAUGUCGAUGGUGCCGUUGGCACCUUUGCCAGCACCAUCUAUGAGAGCCUCACUGCACUACUUCGCGCAGAGCUGAGUUCGGGGCGCGGCCGUCUCCUCCAGCAGCGCCUGAUCAUGGCUGUCGCUGACGUCACCUGGGCGCUGCGCAAGUUUCUGGCGCUCGAGGAGCUCAGUGUCUCGCUUGCCGAGUAUGCCCGGGUCAGUGCGCUUCUGCGCGCCGCGCUCGAGGCAUGCGGCCGCAGUAACCCGGCGCUCUCGGCCGAGCUGGUCGCUUCCUUUGAGGCUGUCGCUGAGGCUGAGCGCGCUGGUAGCGCAGACGUGGAUGACGCCUCCCGCGAGCCCGAGACCGAGCAGCCAAACGAGGAGGCCUUCUUCCGCUUCCUCAACCCGUUCCUCAUGGCGGCCAACGGUGUUGAGGUCGACGACGUCCACGAGUCGCUCAUGGCCGCCGCCGCCGCUCCCGAUGAGAGCUCCAGCGGCCCGCGCUGGUUCGACGACACCAAGUCUGGUGUUGUCUCCAUGUCGGGUAUGCGGAUUGGCAUCUCAUCCGCCAACGCAUCUGACAACUGGACGUCCGCCAAGCUCGGCGGCGGCUCGGUCCUCAACAUGGCUGUCAACAUCAAUGGUACCCGCCCGCUAUGCGCCAAAGUCUCCAGGGUCCAGGCCCCACUCCCAGGCCUCUGCCUGACCACCACCCACUGGAACGGCUCCGGCGAACGUGUGAGCGCGCUUUUGGUGCCCGAAUCGGCACUCGAGAAUCCUAGCGUUGCCGCCGCCAUGACCCGUGCCGUCGCCGCCGUCACCGACGUCGAGCCGAGCGUGACUUGCGAGAGCGAUGCGUUUAUGUCCUCCGAUCCCAACGACCCGCUGAGGUUCCUCCGCUUUGCCCUUGAGUUUACGGGCAUCGUCAUUCGCCGCAGAACCGCACCCAUCCUCGAACAGCUCGCUGCAUUUACGGGAGCACCCAAUGCUGGCGGCGCCUACGCGCUCUGUGUUGAUAUCAUCAACUCCGGCCCGUCGCGCUCCGGCUUUGCCUCGUCGUCGGCCGUCGCCGUCAACCUUCUCGGCGCACUCUAUGCCGCGUGCGGCAGCGCCGUCGCCGACGAUCCGAUCCUCCUCGGCUCGCAUGUCCUGCUCUUUGAGAACGUCCUUGGCCUCAAGUCUGGUCGCCAGGACGUUGACGGCGUUCUGCCUGGCCUCAAGCUCCUCCACUACGCACCGACAGAAACGGUCCUUGUACCCAGCCUGCCGUGCACCGUUGGCUGGGUCUCUGAGGCCGCCGAGCGGGCCACCACCCAGAGUCUGCUAGUUGUCGACACAGGCAUCCAGCGAACGGCUGUGCUCGACUAUCGGCGCGGGCUCAACUCCCGACACAUGUCGUAUCUGCGGCGGAAAGGCAAGCCGUACGCCGCCAUCGUGGCCUCGCUCGGCAUCCAUGCCCACAUUGUGCAGGCAUUUCGCUUUGGCCGCAUCCGUGAGCUCGGUGAGUGUUUCACAGCGUACAUGGGCCUCCGCGCCAUCAUCGACCCCGGCGCGGUGUCGUCGAUCUAUGACACCGAUGCCUCGGGCAAGGUUCUCCUCGAGCUGUUUUCCCAGCUCAAGACUGCUGGCCUCUCGCAUGGAGGCAUGUUCACUGGCGCCAUGGGUGGUGGCGUCGCUCUGGUCGUCCUCACCGACACCGCCACGGCUCUCCGUCCGCAGCUCGACGCAAUUCUGAAGUCUCUUGCGGCUUGGGCGCCGCCGCUGCAAAAUUCACGGCCUUACCGCAACCUCCACAUCAUCGACACCUCGCCCGACUUGGAAGGUGUGGUUACGGACACUUUUACACUGUAACUCGCCAAGGUGCGGUGAAAGAGUUAAAGAUCGGCAUCCGC